AUGGCAUUGCCAUCAGAUUCAAUUCUAAGCACAAAUCUUGAGUGGGUUGUGAAAAUCAAUGAGCUUCUCCAACGAAAUGAUUUUCAUACAGCUUUUGAGACUCCAAUUUCUAUCUUUCAAGUGCCAGAUUGUAUCAGAAACGACAGUCCAGAAGCCUUCACUCCUCGUCGUAUUUCCUUGGGGCCUUACCACCAUUCUCAACCACAGCUGCUCAAGUUGGAGCUCUUAAAGCUCGACACAGCAAAGAAGGUGAAAGACCAUAUCAACCUUCCUGAGUUCCACCAACUUGUCAGUGACAAACUCAAUCCAUUGGAGCUCAAAAUCCGAGCAUGUUUCGGCAAAUAUUUUGAACUGGGAUGCGAGAGUUUGAGUUGGAUAAUGCUCAUCGAUUCCUUGUUCUUGAUUCGCUUGCUUCAUAUCUUUGCUGAAGUGGAAGUAAAGUGUUAUGAUAAACGCCAUGAACUCCCAUUGCCAGAGCUUGAUGCUGAACACCAACAAAUGUACCUCAAUCCUAAAGCAAGUUUGGUGGCUCGAAAUGAGAUCGUGGGUGACACUCUAAUGUUGGAGAAUCAAGUCCCAUUUUGUGUUCUCAAAGAAAUUUUAUCAGGAACUCAAAUCAUCAAUGAUUUGCCAGCAUUGGUUCGGCCAUCUUCAUUUGAGGAUAGCUUUCCUAUGAUCCCCUCAGCCUCAAAGUUGAAGAAAGUUGGAGUGGAAUUUCGAGCAACGUAUAACUUCCAAUACAUUACAUUUGACAAGGAAGAGGCUUCUCUCUGGUUGCCCGCCAUCACUUUGGAUUCUACCUCCCAUGUAAUAUUGAGAAAUCUAGUAGCAUUUGAAGUCGGUGCCAAGUUCAAUCCACCAAGUUUUUCUAAAUAUGCAGCCAUUAUGAAUGGACUCAUAGCAACUACAAACGAUGUCAACAUUCUAAAAGAAGCUCGCAUCAUCAUUAAUAAUCUUGAGAGUGAUGAAGAAGCUGUGGAGCUCUUUAAUGGGUUUAUGAAGUUUGCUUCAAAGAGUGAAUCAUCAGAUACUGAGUCUAGUUCUAAACCAGGUGACAUGGUAAAUAUGGUUGAAAUCAUUGAAGAAGUAAACAAAUAUUACGAGAGCAAAUGGAAGAUUAGGGUGACAAAGUUUGUAAAGAAGUACGUGUCCCCAAUGGUCAAGAUCUUUUCUAUUUUGGUCGUCGUGUCGCUUAUAAUUUUUGUGAUUGUACGUACAUUAUGUGGAUUAUUAUUUAGUUGUCCAAGAAUUUUGAAACCGUAA